AUGUUCUCUAACCCGCCUGUCACUCUCAGUAAAACCGGGCCGUUGUUGCCAGACACCAAGAUACCAAUUUUGAAGCCUCCGAAACCACUACAAGUAACCUCCGCUUCGACCUUUGCUCCUUAUCCUCCAAUGUCACCUCGUUCCGUGUCUCCUUUCACACGCGGAGCUCAAAUCGCACUCGAAAACCUCCUGUCAGACCACCAGUCUGAUCCUCUUGCCAGUUUGAUCGAUUUGGUAGAAGAACUGGAUGACACAAGGCCGAUCGUGAACGAUUGGGAGCAUAUUACUGUGAUGAAAGGGGGUAGUUGGAUCUAUCAAGUGAUGCGCGAUGUUUGGGAGGGGACUGCAAAUGAAACAGAUGAUGAGGAUGACGAGAUGAAGGAUGAGGAAAUCGAUAUUGAGUGUAUCUUGGUGAAGGUUGCGGAAUGCGUUGAGAGAGAGAUGGAGGGGUUGCGUGGCAGUGAACAGGUAUAG